CGGGUAUAAAUACGAUGUGUCUUCGAAUAACUAGAAUUCUGUAAGAUUGUACUCAAAUCUAACAACAGAAGAAUAAUCUUAGCGAGAUGAAAGUUCUUGCAUUUUGUGCCUGUGUUUUAGCACUUGUUUGUUUCAGCUCAGCUGAAACUACAGGACAGCGAUUGAAACAGGCGCUUUCUCUCGAAAGUAAUUUUGACAACUGCUUGGAGGAAAAUGAUAUUACUCAAGAGGACUUGUAUACAGAGCCUAACAUAAUAAAUGAAGAAUAUAAGCAGGCCGGAAAUGAAGAGAGGAAAAGGAAAAACGGUUGCGUUUUCGAGUGUAUUAUGAAAAAGGAGGGUUUGAUGGUAGGAUCGGACAUUAAGGAGGGUAAAGUUCAUGAACAAAUAAAUAGACAGAUGGCUAAUAAUCCAAACGUAGGUAAAGUACACAAGAUGGCACGUGACUGCAUGAGAGAAGUGAAAAAUAUCAGUGAUGUGGAAUGUGAAAAAGGCUUUUCUCUACUUGUCUGUCUCAUGAAAGCAGCACAUAAAGAAAAAAACCAUGGUGAACAUGAGCAUGAACAUGAACACGAGCAUGUGUAAUGUCAACAUAAUUACAUAUACGAUUGAAUACUUUUAUAUAUUAUAUCUACAUGAUCUGCAAUGUAAAUUCAUGAUAAACAUUUAAUAUAAAACAGAUGUUUUACAUGGAAACAAAAUAUAUCUUUUCAUAACUAAA